AAUUAAACCCUGAUGUCAUUGUUGGCGCCGUUCUUGCUCAGCCUCCGGAGACGAGGAUUAGCGAAGAAGUUCUGUCAGCCGCGAUUCUUGCCUUUUACAAAACCCAUCACAGUAUUCCCCUUGGGGUACACGAGGAGGUGUUGAUCAAGUGGGCUGGUAAGCAAGCGUAUGGACUUCGUGAAAUGUGUUCUCGGUUCAAACGCUUGCUCUGGGGCAGCAAGAAUGCCAAGUCUCCCAAAAUUCGAGAAAUGAAAAACACUUACUUCCAGAUGAAGGGCAGUUCUGCACCAGAACCAGUUCUUACAGAUGAGAACCCUCCAGAUGCUCUUCAGCUUGUAGAGCAAGGACUCUUUGAUUGGAGCGUCCUGGAAGGAAAGGUGUCCCAAGCUCUUGCGGCUGCCGAGACCAAAAAACUUGGCAAACUGGCUUCGACGGACUCCAUGGAUUCUUCAGAAUCUACCGCGGAUUUGCGGAAAGGCAAUGAAUACUUGCUUCCGCUGAAUGUCGUCAAAGCCUUGGAGUCACGGACUUGUCCGGAACCCAUUUCAGUUGAGCCAAACCAGAAGGAACAGGAAGAUCAGGAAUGCCUUGAACUUGAUGCACCAAAGCCAAAACGAAAGAAAACAACAAAUCCAGCCAAGAAAAAGGAAAAGAAACAGGAAGUGUCUGCAGAAGAGCCAAGUGCCAAACCUUUGGCUGUCGCUAGUGAUUAUCGGCCUGGUUCUUUUUCUGAAGCCCGGAAAGAAUUUAUAGCUUCCAAGAGGAAAGCGUCCGGUGUUUCGUAUGCUGAAGCCAACCAAGCUUGGAUGCUCAGCUCACAAAGGGCAGACCUGCUCUCGGGAAUGUCUCCUCAGGAGCUUAAGCGCCGCAAAUUUACCUAGCUGCUGUGUUUUCUCAGGGGUGUUGUUGGCGUCCAGCCAACUAGGGUUUUCGAUUGGCUCAGGGGAAAGCCCCUGGCCAACCAAAUCGAUGGG